AGGCUCUUGUACUGUGAACCUUGACGGCAGUGCUGAUGCUCGGGGCUCGGGCUCUCGCAGCUCUGAAGGAUGCAGCGGGGUGGAUGGAGGAAGAGGAGGAGGUGAAAGACUGGAAGGCGGAGAACAGAAUGAACGGGUCGGGGAAGAGGAAGGAUGCGGAUUACGGUUGCCCGCCGAUUACGAUGUCUACCGACGACGGCUGUGGUCGUUUGACAUGAUGAUGUGCCGCGGAAACAACAGGCCCGAGGUUUGUUGAUAGGUGAACCGAGGAGGGAGGGCCUGCAAGUUUAACCCGUCCCUUCAAUUAUCCGUGACACCGAGGAAUGCCGGUUGUGAUAACGAUUAUUUCGACUGUAGUAGCGGUCUUACUGGUGUCUUGUCUGCGGUGACCCUGUCCUUUGGUUUACGGUACAGCUGCCAUCAUGCUUUUAGCUGUCAUUUUAGCAUCCUCACCGACUGAUCUCCGCUCGUGCGCUGCUGCUGCUGGCUGGAUGUCAAACUGAACUGUAAAAUCAAAAGAAACCAGCCAAAAAAAAAUACCACAGUUUCGUUUCAACAUGGAGGUGUUACAACCUCUCUGGCUGACAGCUCUUUUCAUAUGGACAACUUUAUAUCCGUUCUGCGGCGGUCAGCCCGCUCCGGACGCCGCGGGCCUGCCUACAGCAAUUCGCGUGCCACUGCGGCAGGGCGCUCGCGCUGAGCAGCCGGCGCCGCUGCGUCGCGUCGCCUCAACGGUCAGUCUCGAGCGCGGUGUCACGGGGAGGGUCGGUGCACGCAGGCGAAGAGGAGUGACAGCAAGCGGUAUCAGUUUCGUGGACAUGAUUGAUAACCUGCGUGGGAAGUCCGGCCAAGGGUACUACGUGGAGAUGGCCGUGGGCUCUCCUCCACAGAAGCUGAACAUCUUGGUGGAUACUGGAAGCAGCAAUUUUGCUGUUGGUGCAGCUGCUCAUCCCUUCCUACGCAGAUAUUACCACCGUUCACUCUCCAGCUCAUACCAUGACCUCGGCAGGAGUGUGUAUGUGCCCUACACUCAGGGCCGCUGGGAAGGUGAGCUGGGCACUGAUCUGGUCUCUGUUCCACAUGGUCCCAAUGCUACACUGCGAGCCAACAUAGCUGCAAUCACCCAAUCAGAUCGCUUCUUCAUCAAUGGAUCCAACUGGGAGGGGAUUCUGGGUCUGGCCUAUGCCGACAUAGCACGGCCUGAUGAGACGUUGGAGCCUUUCUUCGACUCCUUGGUUCGUCAGACUUCUGUCCCCAACCUCUUCUCUCUCCAGCUCUGUGGGGCUGGAUAUACCCAAAACUACUCUUUGGGCAGCGCUACUGUUGGCGGCAGCAUGAUCAUUGGCGGAGUGGAUUCUUCAUUGUAUGUAGGAGAGCUCUGGUACACUCCGAUCCGCAGGGAGUGGUAUUAUGAAGUUAUCAUUGUGCGCAUUGAGGUGAAUGGACAGGACCUCAAUAUGGACUGUAAAGAGUACAACUAUGACAAGAGCAUAGUGGACAGUGGCACCACCAACCUUCGGCUGCCUAGAAAAGUUUUCCAGGCUGCAGUCAAGGCGAUUGAAGCAGCCUCUUCGACAGAACAGUUUCCCUCUGGGUUCUGGCUAGGAGAGCAGCUGGUAUGUUGGCAGGCUGGCACUACACCCUGGCACAUCUUCCCAGUCAUCUCUCUCUACCUGAUGAGUGAAAACCGCAACCAGUCCUUCCGAAUCUCUAUCCUGCCCCAGCAAUACCUGAGGCCAGUUGAGGAUGUAGCCUCAGCCCAGGAGGACUGCUAUAAGUUUGCAGUCUCCCAAUCUAGUACUGGGACAGUGAUGGGGGCUGUCAUCAUGGAAGGCUUUUAUGUUGUUUUCGACCGUGAGAAGAAACGAAUCGGCUUUGCUGUCAGCACUUGCCAUGUGCAUGAUGAGUUUCGUACAGCCUCUGUGGAGGGCCCAUUCCAUGGUGUGGACCUGGAGGACUGCGGCUAUAACAUUCCCCAGACUGAUGAGUCUACUCUUAUGACGAUCGCCUACAUCAUGGCGGGUAUCUGUGCUCUCUUCAUGCUGCCGCUGUGUCUCAUGGUGUGCCAGUGGCGUUUUGCCCGCUGCCUCCACCCACAUGGGGACUUUGCUGAUGACAUAUCGCUACUUAAGUGAAAGGGUAGAGGAGGGAGUUAAAAGUUGUUAUAGACAUGUUUACUUAAAACACAGAACAAAGAUGGAUUAUGGGAAGAAAAGCAUAGUGUGUGUGCAAUGUCACAAAAUACUGGUGCUGUGAAAAAAGAAGAUGCUUUUUUUCAGGUAUAUAUUAUACAGUGGACAGAAAUGACAGCCGUACAGUGGAAUCAUGGCCAGAUUAGCUGCUGUCAAAGGUGAUAGGAGGAUAACAAGAGCCAUCAUUUUGUAUGAAUGACAGAAACCUUGUGACAUCACUGUCAGCUGUGCCUAUGUACAUUAAAGACCCUGUGUGGACGAGCAUAGGUGCAGCAGCAGAAGUGGAACACCAAGUAAAAUGCAAAAUAAAACAUUCUGCUCUGCAGCCUGCUCACAGUUAUAAAUUAUGGAUAAAUAGCCCACUACGAUGGAUUGGAUUUGAAAUGUUGAAGGUUAUGUCUAUGUAAGAAAAAAAUGUGGUGCAAACAUUUCACAGAUAUGGAAAAAUGAAAACUUAAGUCUAAAUAUGAGAUGGAACUCCAUCUGUAUGAGUCACUUACGUGGAAUUAUGGUUAUGUGUGUAUGUGUGUAUGUCUGUUGUUGUGGUUAAUGAGUAAAUGAAACAAGUAUGAUAAAUGUGAGCAUGCCUGUUUGUGCGGACAACUGUAAUAUAAGGGAAAUGUAUACUGAAAGUUUAUGAAAAUGAAAAGAUAAGUCUGAACUACGAAAGUCUAAACUACUGAGUAUGAGUAUAUGAACCAGGUGUGCUUAUGACACAUGGUGUAAAUCAAGAAUAAAAAGGCUAAUUUGGUGAAAUAUCAGAUUAACAGAAAAUACUAUAUACAGUUUUACUUGAUGUGAAACUGAGACUACUGAACAUAGUCAAUAUCAGAUGUCACUUGUAUUGAUAGCUUAACUGUAUCUAUUGUACAUUAAAUCUUUGCAUUCCAGAACUUCUAUUUGCGCAGGCACAGACACACACAUUGCUUAUCCUUGACAACUACUACCGUCUGAUUAUUUACACAUGUAACACAUUACAUUUUAAUGAACCAAGAUGCAAUAGGGCUUCUUUCACAAACACAGAAACAGCCUAACUCACUACAUCCUUUAAUGGGACCAUAAUCUUUGUCAAGAAAACAAACCCAAAGUAUGUUAUGUGCUUAAGAACACAAUGUAUGUCAACAAGAGACCUUUGGUGUUGACUCUCAGCAAGCUGUAAAUAUAUCAACUCAAAAGUGUAUAUUUAUCUGUGAGGCCAGGCUGGCAACACCAAUAAAGUAAUUAUUGUAACUC